GAGCUGGGCGUUUUGGGGGCAUAGGGAUUGCUGCACUUGCUGGCGGUGAUCCCAUGGAGCGGAUAUUUGGCUGUUUCAUGACACUAUUGGCGUGACCAUUCUCUAACUGCCUGGAAGAGAAGAUUUACAAUGGAUUUGAGAAACAUUCCCUACCGUUCGGACGUGGUUACGUGGAACCCAGAUGACUUAGCAGAAUAUUUUAAGACGUUAAAGUACAAGGAUUGUGAGAAAGUCGUGAGAAAACACAGUAUAAAUGGACAAAGGUUUUUGAAUAUGUCUGAAAAUGAUAUUCAGAAAUUUCCCAAACUCAGAGUACCAAUUAUAAGUAAAUUAAGCCAAGAAAUUAACAGAAAUGAAGGAAGGAUAUCAUUCUUUCCAAAAUGGGCCCAAACACAAAAGUUUCCUGAAAACCCAGGAUACAGUCAAGAAGAAGAUGACUGGUCUUCAUUUGAUGAAGAUGAUGACUACGAAAGCCCUGAUGAUGAUCAGGAAAAGGAAGAUGAGGCUGACUAUGAAUCACCAACAGAAGAACCCGAGGAAGCAGAACACGACAGUGAUGGCUAUGAGCCACCUCCAUCCAAUAAUGAUGAAGCACACCACAAUGUCAUAUUUCCUGCCAAGUCACUUGCCAACAACACAGAUUAUAUAGACAGACCUUCAACAGCUAGAUCAUCAAAUCAGCCUCCAGUACCACCCCAGCGACCUGGUCCAUCCCCUGUACCAGCUGCACCUGGGGGAAGAGGCACUUCUCUGCCACCCUUUCCUCCUCCAUUAAACAACAACGAUGUGAACAGAGAGAGAAAUAUCAAGCCUUUGAAACCCCCGGCUCCUUCUAUAGACAGAAGCACGAAACCCCCAUUGGAUCGUCCUGCUCCACUGUUUGAAAGAGAAAGCCCAGUAUCAGGAAGGAAGCCAGGCCUUCCUGAAAAGCCUCUGACUGCACAGCUAAGAUCCCUGGGGGAACAGCUAGCAAUGAUGCCAAAACCUCCUGUCCCACCAAGUGAUCGAUAUGAAAGAGGCAAUCCAUCUGCCUUAAGGAAGCAACAAGUUGUAAAGCAGGGUUGGCCAUCACAAAAAAAAAAUGAGGAAGAAGAAGAGAUUGCCCCCCAAAGACCAGUGCCACAGCUAUCUUUGCCCCCAUACAGCUCCAAUACAUUCCCUUCAAGAUCUAUCAAGCCUCCACCUAAGCCAGGAUCCAACAGUAUGCCUGGUGCAGAAAGUGCUAGCAGCCUGUCUUCAGGUGGCUCUCUACCGCCACGCUUCCAGCUAGGCAGCAACCACAGAUCUCCUUCAAGAGGCAAAGCAGAUGUAAGGCCUCCAUUGCCAGUUCCUAGCAGACAGACUGUUCAUCCAUCAAAUGCAGGGGAAGAUGAGGACUCACUAAAUGAUGAAUGGUACGUUGCUGAUAUUAGCCGGCCGGAAGCAGAAGCCGCUCUUCGAAAAAUAAACAAGGAUGGAACUUUCUUGGUGAGAGACAGCUCAAGAAAAACUGCUACUCAUCCAUAUGUACUGAUGGUUUUAUACAGAGAUAAAGUGUACAACAUUCAGAUUCGUUACCAGGAGCAAAAUCACACAUAUUUGCUAGGAACUGGCUUAAAAGGAAAAGAGGAUUUUUCUUCUGUAGCAGAUAUCAUUGAUUACUUCCAAAGAACACCCCUUCUUCUGAUUGAUGGAAAAGACAGGGGUUCAAGAAACCAGUGCAUGCUAAAAUAUGCUGCAGGACAUAUUUAAAUGAGAGCCUAAUGAGGGUCAUGUACAAGAUCAAAGUCUACUAUAGUCUUUAAGUCUCAGGAUAUUUCCUUUCUCAGUGAAUUCAAAU